AGUGGUUUCCCUGCAUGUUGCCGCUGUGACAUUUUGUGCCAUUUGGUCGGGGCCGGUUUUUAUAUGUCGGCGGCGGUCGGGAGGCAGGCAGAUUUGAACCGGCGCUGCAGUCAUGACUGAUCGUUCCUGUCCUUCUGAGCUUUGUUGCCUGGAUUAUGGAUACUUCAAGAAAGAGAAGGGUUUCGUGUUGGACAGCGUGGCCGUGUCCCACAAAUCCCUGGCCUACGAGAGAGUCCAUCCCAAGCUGUCUGAUGUAAUCCCUCCCUACAACGCGCAGAAAGACCCUUACUCCAAACACGCCUUCGGCGGCAAGGCGAUGAAGAAGCUUCUCAAGAGGACUAGCCAGGAUCACGGUGGCACAUCAAACAGCGGCUGGCUUGUGGACUAUUUUUACAAAAAUGGACCUGCUCAAAGAUACCUCAGCAAGAGAAAUAUCAAUGGAGCAGGUCACGCGUUCAACGAAUUCAUCGGACACAGGGGAUACUUAAUGGAUGCCAAACCCAUUUUUGGAUACAAUGGACAGUUUGGCUACAGGAGGAACACCCCCGGCCUGAGACUGAAGCCACAUAUAUUCGGAGAUAUCUUCAAUCUACCACUGCAUUAGUGAUCAGAGGAUUCUUCUCUCAAGAGGACCAAGAAAUCAGGAGAAAAUCAUACGUUUUAAAUAAGGAUGUCUUUUUUUUUCAAGGACGUUAGCUAUUCUGAAGGACUGACUUAAACGCAAUAGCAAGGAGAGUGUUGUGAGUUGAGACAAAAGAUGCGUGUGACUGAAAAUAUGAAGUAAAUCCUUAAAUAAAGCAGUUAUGGAACGG